GUCACACCAUAGGCCAAUAAUACAAAGUCUAAGCAACGAGUAGCUUACAAAAAAGAUUUUCCGUAGUAGAAAGGCGAAUAAUACACGACGGAUUUCUAUUGAAACUAUCCAACACAACGAAUUCAUUCACUUCUAAGGAGAAGCUUCCCGUCGGAGAAGAAACCAAAGCUACAAGCUAUUCAGCUUUCAGGGUCUCCUCGCCGUCGCCUCCUCCCUCCCCGCGCACCAUGGAGCCGCAGGAGAUAGCCGCGGCAGCGCGCCACUUCGCCGCUAUGGCACGAAUCGUCGGCCCGGACCCCAAGGCCGUGAAGAUGCGCCGCCACGCCUUCCACCUCCACCAGUCGGGGUCCACCACGCUCUCGGCGUCGGCCGUCCUCCUGCCACGGGGCGCCCUGGCCGACCCGCCGCCACUUCUCGACCGUAUCUGCGCGGCCCACGGGCACGUGGCGGGGAGCGUCGCGCUCACGGCCGCGUCGCUCGUCGAGCCGUUCCUGGUUGCGGAACAGCGAGAUAAACCCGGCGAGGAAUUGCACCCGAGGUUGGUACCGGAGGCGCGUCUUGAUGUGCUCGUUGAGCAUGAGAAACUGGGGAAUGCUCAAGAUGGAAAGUCUGGAGCUCCACGGUGGCUUCCAGCUCGGUUGCUUGCCAUGGUUGAUGUCCCAACAGCUGCUGAUUCGGUUUUAUCCUUACUAAAACAUGAUGACUCAUUGAUUGGAAGACCAUCGUGGGAUGUCGGCUGGUCAUUGGACGAUGUCAAUCAGAAGCAGGUAGAAAAUGAUGUCAGAUCUUCCCUCGAGUCUAACAGGAACAAUUCAUCUGUUGAGUCAAUGGGCCCAUCAAUGUUGGCCAAGUCUGCCACUAGAAUUGCUAUUCUAGGAAUUGUGACCUUAAACUCAAAUAAUGCAAGACAUAUCAAUGUUUCAGUGAUGCAACACCAGGGGGACUCUUUGCUGAUAAUAGGAUCUCCAUUCGGCGUCAUGUCACCUUUCCAUUUCUUCAACAGUAUAUCAGUUGGUGCUGUUGCAAAUUGCCUUCCUCCAGCCACUGUGAGGAGCAGGUUGCUUAUGGCUGAUAUCCACUGUCUCCCUGGUAUGGAAGGUGCUCCAGUGUUUGACAAAAACUCUUGCCUUGUGGGAUUGCUGAUGAAGCCAUUAAGACAGAGAGGCAGCAGCAUAGAAGUUCAGCUCAUGAUUACAUGGGAUUCAAUAUGCACUGCAUGGAACAGCACGAAACUGGAGGAAAUUGGGCGAUCCCCAAGUGAACUACCUGAUGACAAAAAUGUGGAUAGUAAAACAAUGGAAUUAAGACAUGCUGAUAACUAUAGGGGGUUUGUCUCUUCUAUGGCCAACAAUCUUAAUCAGUGUUGCAUUUCACCAACUUCACUCGUAGAAGCUACAUCGUCAGUUGUCCUUGUUACUGUUGGUGAUACAUCUUGGGCUUCAGGGAUUAUUCUCAACAACAAAGGUUUAAUUCUGACAAAUGCUCAUCUCUUGGAACCUUGGAGAUUUGGAAGAACUUCACCUUUAGGUUUACAAAACAAAGUCACCUUAUCUGCUGGAGAACAUCUCAAUGCCAGAGAAAACAAACCAUUGCAGCCACAACGAUGCAAAGUUUCCAAUGAAGAUGCUGUCAAACAUGAGGUUUCAUUGUUUAAUUUGGGUUUCAAAAGAGAGAAGAGAAUAUCAGUUCGUUUGGAUCAUGGGGAGAGACAGAUGUGGUGCAAUGCUAGUGUGGUUUUUAUCUCAAAGGGUCCGCUUGAUGUUGCUUUGCUUCAAAUGGAAAAGGUUCCAAUUGAAUUAAAUGCAAUCAUACCAGAAUUUGUUUGUCCAACAGCAGGUUCGGCUAUAUAUGUUGUUGGGCAUGGCCUUUUUGGACCUCGAUCAGGUCUAUGCUCCUCCCUAUCCUCUGGGGUUGUGUCAAAGGUUGUCAAAAUCCCGUCAACUCAACAUUCUUAUCUGGUUGGCUUUGUGGAAGCUGACAAUGUGGACGUGCCAGUAAUGCUGCAGACAACAGCGGCAGUUCAUCCAGGGGCUAGUGGUGGUGUUCUUGUUGAUUCACAUGGACGAAUGGUCGGGCUAGUAACAAGCAAUGCUAAGCAUGGUGGUGGAAGCACAAUACCUCACCUGAAUUUCAGCAUCCCCUGCAAAUCCUUGGAAAUGGUCUUCAGGUAUUCAGCAAAUGAAGAUUCCACAAUUUUAGGGCAGUUGGACAAACCCAAUGAAGUGCUCUCAUCAGUUUGGGCAUUGGCACCAGCGUCCCCAUUUCCCAGCGGUUUGCCUGAAAAGGGCAGAGGGGAAAAAGUUUUGCAGUUUUCAAAGUUUCUUGCUGAUAAGCAAGAAGCUUUGAAAUCUAGUGGAGAACUAGAGGAACUCUUAAGGCACAAGAUUCCUAGCAAAAUAUAAAUGGUAUCUGCAGAUAGUUAUAGGAUUGAUGAGGGGGGGAAUUCAAAGGUUUGGUGUCCGACUGUUGGGGAAAACACUGAAUUAUAGAGAUUCAGAUAACCUAACCUAAAUGCCAGACUGUUUGCCACCGUUUUUUUUUUUGGGCCAAAGACCUUGGAAAGGAGCACGUCGAUGUAUUCAAAGUUUGUUCAUAAAAUUUCCCACAAGGGUGUUAUCAGAACACAGUGGGCUAAUUUUCAGAAGAGUUUAGACAUGAUGCCCUUGGUUGCAUUUACGUAGGACGAUUCACAGUUUUCGCCAAUUGAGAAGGAUAUUUUCUGCCAUUUCUUGGAACGCUAUGUGAAGUGUACUACAGUAUUCAUCUUGGCUGCUAAAGCCUUUCACAAUGAAAAUCAAGCUGGGAUGUGGAUAUCCUACUA